UGCAGACCUUCACAACAGCAGACAGGGACUCGAGUUGCCAGGCAGGACGUCCUCAGAGGUGGGCUCUCAACUGGGGUCUCGGCUGUGCCAAGAUGUUUUUCCGCAUCCCUCGACUGACCCCUGGAUAUAUUCGAUACCUUCAGGGGAGGCUCCACACUCCACACUCACAGAGGAACACAGACUGACUCAAAACAAAAUGGAGUUACUUGCACGACUCUUCCCGUAUGGUAAAACCAUCGCCGGGAUGAGGAAGGCCUGCGACCAGACCCAGGUCUUUAAGGACUCUUCCAUUGCCCAGACACGGAGGAUGCGGUCACCAGCCUUCACCCUGGCGAUGAUGACUCAGGCAGCGCAGACUGUGCUGCAGAGCCGGGAGAGCCCCGUCAUGCCCCGCAUGGCCGUCCUGUUGGGCUUCAUGGGCAUCGGCGUGUCAGGCUACAGCUCCCGCCAGCUCACUCUGCACUGCAAGCCCUCCAGGCACCUCUUCAGAUGAGCAGGGAGGAGAUGCAAGCAGCAGAAACAGUGAAGAGAAACCAUCGACAUCACUCACGACACAGCUUCAAACCACCCAUCACCACCGUCUUUUGAGAUCGGAUAGUCGCCUUUGGCUUUUUUAUCUCACAUCCCAGUCCAAGAAAAAACAUUUGUUUCAUCCUGAUCCCUGAAGUGAUGUCCUGCAGCUGUUUCCAAGAUCAGUCCGAAUCUCUCAAAUUAAAAACACCACUCAAUUUAUAAUCACAACGCAACAUGAUGCUGAAGUUGCUCACCAAACGGCUCACAAUUAUAUCAUCAAGUUUCAGCAUGUGGCCUCCAGUUGGAGCUCCAGACGGGAAAUCUAAUUCAUUGAUUCAAUAUACUAUCGAGAAGAUUUUUGCCCUCAAGCUACAUGCUGUGUCACAACAGGUCAAACUGUGUACUGUAUUGCGUAUAACCAGCACUUGUGUAAAUGUAGUAUUAAUUGUUGGAUACUACGAGACUCAACUCUGCUUGCAGUGACCACGUUUUUACUGCACUUUUGAAUGCACUUUUUAAAUAACUAGAUAUUGCUGAAAUAUAAUGAACCCUGGGCCUCGAGUUUGACAUAUGUUCCAGGGGUGCACGUAAACCUGUGGCACCGAGACUCCACGUCUUUUUACAACCUAUUUUGGCAAACUUUAAAAUGAUAUUUUUCAACAAAUCUUCUUUUUAAUAUUCAGAGUGAAUUAACAGCAUGAUUUUUGGGAAUUAAGAUUUAUUAAUUUAUUUUACUUGUUGCAAGGCUGGACCCCAUUCUCUAAAGUGUUUAUUUCUUUUUAUUUAUAUAUAUUUUUAAGGACAAUAAUGUGCAUAAAUAUCAUUUUUACUCAGGCUACAUAUCAUUUUGCCAUGUGUCUCUCUGUCACAGCUACUGGAGGCUCCAUUAAAUAAGAUUUCUCCCGCAAUCGUCCGAUUAAGGGGCUCUUGAAGUGCACCACUCAUGAGCGUCGGCCCAUUCAACUUCCUGUCAUUUUAGUGUCAGGCAAAUGUGACUUGCGACUUUGCACGUGUUUUGUAAAUAACCUGCACUUGAUGAUGUACAAUGUACAGUUCACUUUGAUGCUGCCAGAGAUUAGUAGAACUCGACUGAGGGCGCUGCCAGCUUUUGUUGCGAGCUGGACUGGGUGGCAUCCAGCUGGAUGACGCGCUGCCCUGUAGCCGGGGAGCCUGGACGGCCAUCCUGGACUCACCUGGAUCAGCACGCAAACCCACCCGGAUCUCACCCAGUUGCGCGCCUCUGUCGCUCCAGAUGAAUCUAGCUGCCUGACCUCAGAGGUCUCUUAACUUAGUCAGUUUUUACGUGAUGUUCCGAGCGAGUCCUCGACAGCAGUUGAAUGUAACUGUGACGCACAGACAUGUCCUGGCCCUGGCCGGGAAUAAAGACUGGAUCAACAGGGAGAUUCAUGGGGAAGCAGGUCACAGAGCAGCCUUGAUCUGAUUAGCAUGCUUGUUCUUUUGGGCCUGGCUUAGGUGAGGAGGGUCACUGACCCUGAAAUGGAGACGUGACAGAGCAGCUCUUGAAGACAUGGGACGUGCAGAUGAAGGUUUUGAAUGAUCAGUGUAAAUAUGUUUUUUUUUCUCAAGUUGUGUAUGAGUAGCUGCUAAACAUGAAAAGAUUGAAUUGUCACUUACUGUACUACAGCACCUUGAAUACUUUUGUUAUUCUGUUGUUAUUCCAAUAAAAGAAAUUUGUAAUAAUUCCACAG